GAGCGACCAGCGCCAGGAGAGGACGGGCGGCCACCUGCCUUCCUGGCAGGAACGCAGCAUCUGACUGCAGCAUCAGGAGGGGGAAUGACCCGCCCACCCACCAGCUGUGAAGAAGCUCUGUGACAUGGACGUGGCUGAGGUCCACACCCUGAUCAGGCCUGAUGGAAAGAAGGCGUGUGUUCAACUGGCUCCUGACUACGAUGAUUUGGAUGUUGCCAACAAAAUCGGGAUCAUCUAAAGGUCACGCCAUCCUCUGAAAAUCCUAAUGGUGCUACUUCUAAUGUCAGCCAAGGAAAACCUUCUUUACGACGAAUUAAAGGGAGACUCCACAGAAGCAAAAGCUUGGAUAGCAUCGAUUUCUGUGAACUCACUAACACAGCGAUGGAGGAAACAGCUAUAUGGGAACAGCACACGGUGACGCUUCACAGGGCUCCUGGAUUUGGGUUUGGAAUUGCAAUAUCUGGUGGAAGAGACAACCCCCACUUCCAGAGCGGGGAGACCUCCAUAGUGAUCUCCGACGUGCUGAAGGGGGGCCCGGCUGAAGGACAGCUACAGGAAAAUGACCGAGUUGCAAUGGUUAAUGGAGUUUCAAUGGAUAAUGUUGAACACGCUUUUGCUGUUCAGCAAUUAAGGAAAAGUGGGAAAAAUGCAAAAAUUACCAUUCGAAGGAAGAAGAAAGUUCAGAUACCAGUGAGUCGUCCUGAUCCCGAACCAGCGUCUGAGAAUGAUGAAGAUAGUUAUGAUGAGGACGUGCACGAUCCAAGAAGUGGCCGUGGUGGCCUGGUCAGCCGGAGGAGCGAGAAGGGCUGGGCGAGGGACAGAAGUGCGAGUCGGGAGAGGAGUUUGUCUCCGCGAUCCGAUCGGCGAUCCGUGGCCUCCAGUCAGCCUGCCAAACCCACCAAAGUCACGCUUGUGAAAUCCCGGAAAAAUGAAGAAUAUGGUCUUCGAUUGGCCAGCCAUAUAUUUGUAAAGGAAAUUUCACAAGAUAGUUUGGCAGCAAGAGAUGGCAAUAUUCAAGAAGGCGAUGUUGUGUUGAAGAUAAAUGGUACCGUGACAGAAAAUAUGUCACUGACAGAUGCAAAGACAUUGAUCGAGAGGUCUAAAGGCAAGUUAAAAAUGGUAGUUCAGAGAGAUGAACGGGCUACGCUGUUGAACGUCCCUGAUCUUUCUGACAGUAUCCACUCUGCUAAUGCCUCUGAGAGAGACGACAUUUCAGAAAUUCAGUCACUGGCAUCAGAUCAUUCCGGUCGAUCACACGACAGGCCUCCCCGUCAUAGCCGGUCACGGUCUCCUGACCAGCGGUCAGAGCCUUCCGAUCAUUCUAGACACUCUCCACAGCAGCCCAGCAAUGGCAGUCUCCGGAGCAGAGAGGAAGAGAGAAUUUCUAAACCUGGGGCUGUCUCGACUCCUGUGAAGCACGUGGAUGAUCAUACAGCUGCGGCGGCGGAUGAAGUUCUAGUUGAGAGGAGUGAGAAGCAAGCCCCCGCUCUCCCAGAACCAAAGCCAGUGUAUGCCCAAGUUGGACAACCAGACGUGGAUUUGCCUGUCAGUCCGUCUGAUGGUGUCCUGCCCAAUUCAACUCACGAAGACGGGAUCCUUCGGCCCAGCAUGAAAUUAGUAAAGUUCAGAAAAGGAGACAGUGUGGGCUUGCGGCUGGCUGGUGGAAACGAUGUUGGAAUAUUUGUAGCUGGCGUUCUUGAAGAUAGCCCUGCGGCCAAAGAAGGCUUAGAAGAGGGUGAUCAAAUUCUCAGGGUAAACAAUGUAGACUUCACAAAUAUCAUAAGAGAAGAAGCCGUCCUUUUCCUCCUUGACCUCCCAAAAGGAGAAGAAGUGACCAUACUGGCUCAGAAAAAGAAGGAUGUUUAUCGUCGCAUCGUAGAAUCAGAUGUAGGAGAUUCUUUCUAUAUUCGAACCCACUUUGAAUAUGAAAAGGAAUCUCCCUAUGGACUUAGUUUUAACAAAGGAGAGGUGUUCCGUGUUGUGGAUACCUUGUACAAUGGGAAACUGGGCUCUUGGCUUGCUAUUCGAAUUGGCAAAAAUCAUAAGGAGGUCGAACGAGGCAUCAUCCCUAAUAAGAACAGAGCUGAACAGUUGGCCAGUGUACAGUACACACUUCCAAAAACAGCAGGCGGAGACCGAGCUGACUUCUGGAGGUUCCGAGGCCUUCGUAGCUCCAAGAGAAAUCUUCGAAAGAGCAGAGAAGAUUUGUCAGCCCAGCCAGUUCAGACCAAGUUUCCAGCGUAUGAAAGAGUCGUUCUUCGAGAAGCUGGGUUCCUGAGGCCUGUGACCAUCUUUGGACCAAUAGCUGAUGUGGCCAGAGAAAAGCUGGCAAGAGAAGAGCCAGAGAUUUAUCAGAUCGCGAAAAGUGAACCCCGCGAUGCUGGAACUGACCAGCGCAGCUCUGGUAUCAUUCGCCUUCAUACAAUAAAGCAAAUAAUAGAUCAAGACAAACAUGCUUUAUUAGAUGUGACACCGAAUGCGGUUGAUCGUCUGAACUACGCCCAGUGGUAUCCGAUUGUGGUGUUCCUCAACCCUGACUCCAAGCAGGGUGUGAAGACGAUGCGGAUGAGGUUGUGUCCUGAAUCACGCAAGAGUGCCCGGAAGUUGUAUGAGCGGUCUCAUAAACUUCGUAAAAACAAUCACCAUCUUUUCACAACUACAAUUAACUUAAACUCCAUGAAUGACGGCUGGUACGGAGCAUUGAAAGAAGCGAUUCAGCAGCAGCAGAACCAGUUGGUGUGGGUUUCAGAGGGGAAGGCGGACGGUGCUACAAGCGAUGACCUUGAUUUGCAUGACGAUCGUCUGUCCUACCUGUCAGCCCCAGGUAGUGAGUACUCAAUGUAUAGCACGGACAGUAGACACACCUCUGACUAUGAAGACACAGACACAGAAGGCGGGGCCUACACUGAUCAAGAACUAGAUGAAACUCUUAACGAUGAGGCGGGGACUCCCCCGGAGUCUGCCAUCACACGGUCCUCUGAGCCUGUGAGAGAGGACUCCUCGGGGAUGCAUCACGAGAACCAAACUUACCCUCCUUACUCACCACAAGCGCAGCCUCAGCCAGUUCAUAGAAUAGACUCCCCUGGAUUUAAAACAGCCUCUCAACAGAAAGCAGAAGCCUCCUCUCCAGGCCCUUACCUUUCGCCUGAGACAAACCCAGCAUCAUCAGCCUCUGCCGUUAACCACACUGUAAAUCUAGCUCACGUCAGACUGGAGGGGCCCGUCCCUGCUCCCUCCGCCUCUCACUCAGCACAAGCCGAUCCUUUAAGAGCACCAAGUACAGAGGCAGCUCACAUAAUGCUAAGAGCGCAAGAACCGUCAUUGUCGCCGCAUGUAGACCCAGCAGAGGUGUAUAGGAAGGACCCCUACCCUGAGGACAUGACGAGACAGAACCCUGUUCUGAAGGCGCCGGCGGUGGCUCCCCCCGGGCAGAGGCCAGACAGGGAGCCCCACCUGAGCUAUGAGCCCCAAGGCCCAUACGUGGAGAAACAGGCCGGCAGAGACCCUGAGCCGCCCACCUACAGAUACGAGUCCUCCAGCUACACUGAGCAGUUUCCGCGGAGCUACGACCCCCGCCUGCGCUACGAGGACCGUGUCCCUGCUUACGAAGAGCAGUGGGCCUACUACGAUGACAGGCAGCCGCGCCAGCCUCGGCCCGCCCUUGACGGCCCGCACCCGCGGGACCUUGACCCCAGGCCGCCCCCUGAAGAACCCGCCGAACGCGGCUACUUCCCGCGCUUUGAGGAGCUGGCCCCACUGCCCUACGAGGGCAGAGCCCGCUUCGAGCCGCCCUCCCGGGCCUCCGCCCUGCGGCAGGAGGAGCAGCCGGCCCCCGGCUACGAUGGGCCCGGGCGGUACCGGCCAGAAGCGCAGCCCUACCCCGCCGCUGCCGGCGCCAGGGCGGCUGAGCCCAAGCCCUACUUUGACCAGUACCCACGGGGCUACGAGCCAGGCCCGCCGCCAGGGCUUCCCUCCAAAGCGGGCCACUACGAGCCCCUCCACGGUGCUGCCGUCGUCCCACCCCUGGUCCCCGCCCCUCAGCAGAAGCCAGAAGCGCCACCCGCAAACACCAAACCACUGCCUCCACCCCCAGUUCUCUCUGAAGAGGAAGAGGACCCCGCGAUGAAGCCGCAGUCUGUGCUCACGAGAGUGAGGAUGUUUGAGAACAGGCGGUCCGCGUCAGUGGAGAGCAAGAAGGAGGAGGCCCAACCCUCCAGCUUCAAGCCUCCAGAGGUAGCAUCUAAACCUCCAGGUGCUCCCGUCACUGGUCCAAAAGCCACGCCUCAGAGCCAGUUCAGUGAACAGGACAAGACACUGUACAGGAUCCCAGAACCUCAGAAACCUCAGAUGAAGCCACCUGAAGACAUUGUUCGGUCAAAUCACUACGACCCCGAGGAGGACGAGGAGUAUUACCGGAAGCAGCUCUCCUACUUUGAUCGAAGGAGCUUUGAGAGCAAGCCUUCCGCGCACACUGCUGCCGGCCACCUCCCGGAGCCUGCCAAGCCCGUUCACACUCAGAACCCGCCACAUUUUCCCAGUUACUCUUCCAAGGGAAAGUCUCCCGAAGCAGAGGCUGCGGACCGGUCGUUGGGUGAGAAGCGCUACGACCCAGUGCAGGCGGCCCCGCCGCCACCGCCGCCGCCCGCCCAGUACGGCCAGGCCUACAGCCAGCAUCCUCAGCCCGGGCCGCCGCUCGGCCUCCACGCACACGCCAAGGGGGCGCACGGCGAAGGUAACUCCGUGUCGUUGGACUUCCAGAACUCGUUAGUGCCCAAACCAGACCCGCCUCCGUCUCAGAAUAAGCCAGCAGCUUAUAGACCCCCGAACCGAGAAGACGGUGCCCAGUCUGCUUUCUACUCCCAGAAAAGCUUCCCAGACAAGGCUCCAGCCAGCGGGGCCGAGCAGGCUCAGAAAACGGUCACCCCGGCCUACAGCCGGUUCACCCCGAAGCCCUACACGAGUUCUGCUCGGCCGUUUGAGCGCAAGUUUGAAAGUCCUAAAUUCAACCACAACCUCCUGCCCGGUGAAGCCGCACACAAACCUGACUUGGCAUCCAAAGCCCCCGCGUCUCCCAAAACUGUCGUGAGGGCGCCGGGGUCAGCGCAGCUCGCCGAGUGUGACAGCGGAGUGGAGACUUUCUCGGCCCACGCGGAUAAGCCUAGAUACCAAAUGAGUAACAGCACCAUGCCUAAGGCCGUUCCCGUGAGCCCGGCAGCCGUGGAUGAGGAGGAGGACGAGGACGGCCACACUGUGGUGGCCACGGCACGCGGCGUGUUCAGCAGCAACGGCGGGGUGCUCAGCUCCAUAGAGACGGGUGUGAGCAUCAUCAUCCCGCAGGGGGCCAUCCCCGACGGAGUGGAGCAGGAGAUCUACUUCAAGGUCUGCCGGGACAAUAGCAUCCUCCCGCCCCUGGACAAGGAGAAGGGUGAGACGCUGCUGAGCCCCUUGGUGAUGUGCGGGCCCCAUGGCCUUAAGUUCCUGAAGCCCGUGGAGCUGCGCUUGCCACACUGUGCGUCCAUGACCCCUGACGGUUGGUCUUUUGCUCUAAAAUCAUCCGACUCCUCGUCGGGUGAUCCUAAAACCUGGCAAAACAAGUGUCUUCCUGGAGAUCCAAAUUAUCUUGUUGGAGCAAACUGUGUUUCUGUCCUGAUUGACCACUUUUGAUUCUUAAAAUAUAGGAACUUGAGAUUAAAUAAUGUGAAACUGGGUUAAACUUACUAAAUCUAAAUGGAACCACUCUAUCAAGUAUUAUACUUUCCUUAGGAUUGAUACUGCAGUGUUAGUACUCAGCGUGUGUUUGAACUGAUGAGGACGAGCGUGUUGCCCUGACCGUGGCCGGAACCCCCGCCGCACGCUCGGGAGUGAGGAGCUGUCGGUGCUGGUGGAAGGCUCCGGCGAUGCUCUGUGACAGUCUCUACUUUGUUCUGGUCACUGCUUAACUUCACACAUUGAUUUCCGUUAAAAUACCAGCCAGUACGGGGGUGCAUUUGAGUUUUGUUCUUUCCAAAGUACAGUUUCCGACUUUUUCACGGCCCUGGCCUACAUACACAUUUUAUUUUAUUUUGCAUGAGGUAAUAUGCACACGUUUUAAAAAUGCACCUCGACUAUAUAACCAGUGUAGUGGAUUUAACAGAAAUGUACAGCGAGGGGAAUUUAUAGCUUCUGGGGGGGGGUCAAGUGAAGACAAUUACUUACUGUAUAUGAAAACUCAUUUUUCUUAGGGAAGGACACCAAAGCAUGUGCAGCUGAUUCCGUGGCCUCUCUGGGUCUAUAAAUUAACCAUAUCACCGCAGACAUACUAACCAGCAGGAAUGCCUUACCCUCAUGUUUUUAAUUCUUAGAUCAUUCUGUGUAUUACUAAGUUCUUACAGCUUUUGUGCACAUCUGGAUACUGUAUCAUGAAAAAGAUCGAGUAAGUUGUGGAUUUGGUGGUUUCAGAAAUGUAUACUCACCCAGAAGAAAAUAAUGGUGUGAUCUGGGGAUUUUUUUUUUUUUUUUUUUUUUUUUGCGAGGAGCAGUGGUGGUUUUCUCUUCCUUUUGGCCAUGCCUUUGAAACUUCUGAUGUUUUAAGUAUGCUUGUACAGAAUGCGUGCGUACAACUUUGUUCUUGGUUUGUAAAUUAACUUUUAUAAACUGUACCUUUUUUAUACAUGAAACCAAGUUUCUUAAGGCUGCCUUUGUAUUCUCUCCUGUACCUCUUGAGCCUUGAACUUUGACCUCUGCAGCAAUAAAGCAGCGUUUCUAUGACACACACAAGGUCGUUUUUUUAAGAAAAAGAGUGCACAGAGUUGUUACAUUUUUAAGUGCUGCAUUUAAAAGAUAGUUACUCAGAAUUCUCUAGUUUGAAUAAAUCCUUGCAGAGUAUCCCUGCUGUGACUUGUGAUACGAUGCUGUGCCCUAAAGUGUAUUUUUUUACUAAUAGACCAUUUACUACAGCACCUCAGCACGGUUUCUGUCUAGGUAACACACCACUACAUUCUGUUAAUCAAUCAUUAGGUGUGACUGAAUUUCUUUUGCAGUUAUUAAAAAAAUCUCAAAUUUCUAAAUCUGCAGAAUAAAACUUUUUAAAAUAAA